AGUGGAGGAGAGUCGUUCUUUAACAUCCGCUUGAGUACGAUAAUCAGAUCAUUAAAUGAUCUACCACAACUUCAGAUAUUUACACAACUUUACAAACCGGUUGAAGUCAGAGAUCUCCACGAGCACGAAUAAGAAAAGAGUUUUGGGUCUUAUGUGACUUUCUACAAAACUACAUCAUGAACUUCAGACUCUCAUCAUUGAUCCUGCUGUUACACAUUCAAGCUGGUAUAUGUGAGUUUCUACAAAGAGAAAUCAUGAACUUCAGACUCUCAUCACUGAUCCUGCUGUUACACAUUCAAGGGUUCCUCACAUUGGAUAACUUUAAUGAACAGAAUAUUUGUGCUGUGAGGGGGACAGUGGUGAUAGUGCAGUGCGAUUACUCAAACAUCAACAUCACAACUGGGUUCUGGUUCAGUCAGAAACAGAGAACAAACUGGAGAAACAAAGAUGAACCUGAAGAUUUGACUUUAGAUUCAGAUUACUCAGGACGAGUGCUUCAGAGGAUCACUAAAAACAACUCGUAUCUUACAAUAUUUAAUGUGAUAGAGAGAGACAGUGGAGAAUAUCAGCUCAUGUUCAUUAUGAAGGAUGGAGUUAAACAUCUCAGCUCAGUCACAGUCAAUCUAACAGUCUCAGUUUUACAGGUGAAGAUGAAUCCUGAAUCUACAGAUGAAGUAAAACUGAGCUGUGAUUCCUCCUGCCCUUUAACAUCUGAAUAUGAUUACAGCUGGUUCAAGAAUGGAGAAUAUAUAACAAAUAACCAAAGCAUAUUUGUGUCAUCCAGUGGAAACACUGACAGUUAUUCCUGCUCUACCUCUUCAUCUGUGUGUCUUUCUAACAGUAGCUGUUGGGGUGUGACUUACACCUCUACAGAAGUUUGUGCUUUAGUGGGAUCAACAGUAGAUAUUCACUCUUCAUACUCACAUCCAACUGGAUAUACAGUAGAGAAAACAUACUGGGAUUACUAUGAUCAAGAGGAAGUUAGAGAUCUGCAUGAGGAUCAUCAGUUUGCUGGUCGUGUGGAGUUUGUGGGAAACACACUGAGAAUCAAAGACGUCAACACGAGUGACACUGGAGAAUAUCUAUUCAGCAUCAUCACUAACACAUCAGAUAAAGUUUCUGGUUCACCUGGAGUCUAUCUUAUUGUUACAGAUACACGAGUGAGAAGCAGCCCAGACCCUGUGAUAGAUGGAGAAAAAGUGAUAUUACGCUGUUCAACUUAUUGCUCAUUGGAUAGCAAACAUACUUACAUCUGGUAUAAGAAUGGACAACAGGUAACAGAUGGAUUGACAUUAUUAAACAAGCUGUACCUGGACUCAAUCAACAGUGAGGAGCUACAAGAGUAUUCCUGUACUGUAAGAGAUUCAAUGGACAAAACCAAUAGAACAACUGACAGAAACAAUGAAGAAAUGGACAAAGCCACUGAAGCAGUAGUGUACAGUUCGGUGUUUGUCCCUCUGUUGGUGUUUCUGCCUCAGUUUCUCAUUAUAGGAGCUGUAUGGAUCUGGUUUUUCAUCAGCAUGAAUAAAUUGAGUUCAUCUUAAAACAAAACUGAUGACAAACAAAUAGAGGCCAGUUUACACUGAUUCGACAACAACAAACUCCAACAUUAUAAAGUCUCAUUUACUGAUCCAGCAACUGCCAACACAGGUUUCACACUGACCCAAUAAACACAUUUGUUGGUGUUUGUUGGAUCAGUGUGAAUUAGCCUUUAGUAAUUAUCAUUGUCAGACUGCAGUGGUGUGCAGGUCUGUGUGUAGAUCAGCUGUCUGUCCAUUAAAACUGCUGGAGUGAUGUCAUAGUGACAUCAUCACCUAGCAAUGGUCUCUCAGCAGUGACAUCAUUGAUGUUAUAUACAGUGACAUAUUAAUAAUAAUUGAAUGUGUAAAUAAUUGAAUGUUCAAAUUAAGGCUGGUAAUUUAAUGCGUUAAAGGUGGGGUGCAUGAUCUCUGAAAGCCAAUGUUGACAUUUGAAAUCCCCUAAACAAACACACCCCUACCCCAAUAGAAUCUGGACCUUCUUUUUAUAAACUCGCCCCACACAUACAGUAUGCAACCCAGGCAAUGAUGUUGGUUAAUAGACACGCCCCUUACUGCUGAUUGGCUACAGGGUGUCUCUUUUCCAAAGUGUUUUUCAAAAAUCACACACCACGCCUUUAAUAAUAUUUAUUAUUAUGGGGGAAAAUAAAGUGUUAAAAUUUUUUAUGCACCCAGUCAUGCCAGCAUAGUCACAAAAGUUGAUAAUUUCCAAUGUUAAAAAAAAUCUAUUUUAUUUUUUAAACAUUUUAGUUUAUAAACAUUAUAUAAAUUCAAAUCACAUAAUUUUUUACAGUGUAUGCAGGAUUAUUUUACAUUUGAUUACUUAAUUUAAUUUCUGUACUACUUUAAAUUACUGUCUCCAUUUACAUACCAAUAUUUAUGUGUGAUUAAAUGCGAUUAAUAAGAUUAAUUAAUCGGCACAUCAUGUAAUUAAUUAUAUAAAAAAGUGUAAUCGUUUGACAGCCCUAGCUUUAAUACAUGAAUUAUUCAUUUAACAAUUUAUUUUCUCAUAACACUCUUGUGUCAGUGUAGGUUAAACUGUAAAAAAGUCUAAAUCUUGUGGAAAAAUGUGUGUUUUAUUUUAUAAUUCUAUUUUUUUUUUUUACAUUAUUCCAUUUAUCAAUUCAAUUAUAUAUAUUUACUUACUAACUCUUACUAAUCUUAAUUAUAUAUUCACUCAUUUAUUUUAUCAUUCAGUUUUCUUCUUUUUAUUAUAUAUUCAAAUACAUGGCUUCAUUGAUUAUAAUACCAUCAGAUAAAAAAGUAAAAACCUGACUUGCCAACUCUGCUAGAAAUCUUAUAAUGGGUUGUGGAUAAAUCUAUCAUUAAGACAUUGGUUCAAUACAAACAUAAAAAAAAAUGGGUUUGGAGAAAUUGUUGUAUGGAGGAAUAAUCUAUAAUCACUUGCCAUGAAUUAUUCAACCUCAUCAGACAUUAUAACACAAGACUCAGAGAUAUUAUCAUUACAAAU